AUGCUAGCCGUUUCCGCCCUCCACAUGGCUUACCUACGGCCAGCGCAACGGCAAUUCUACGUGUCUCAGGCAGAACACCACCACAAUGUGGCCUUGGAAUUUGUGACCGCGAACAUGACACAACUAAUGAACGAGAACAGCUCCGCGGUCUUCCUGUUCUCCGUUCUCACUAGCUUUUUCUCCUGCGCCAAGCCCCGCAAACUCGACGACCUGCUUCUCUUCCAGCAGGGUCGAAUCUCCGAGUGGCUGGUCCUCUUCCGCGGAACGGGGGCAAUAGUCCAUUAUGCGCAGGAGGAACUCCGAUCGGGACCAUUGGCAGCGUUGCUGAGUAUUCGGCAGCGCCGGUCUGACUACCGCAACACCCUCUCCACCCAGGGGCAACCCUUCAUGAACGAUUUGGAAGAGUUGGUUCGGGAAGAGGUCAAAGACCAGCAGGAAUUACGGAUUUACCUGGGAGCAAUACAGGAAUUGAGGGUUUCGUAUGUUCAGUGGUCGGAUACCGGGGACUGGGAGACGGGGGAUGUCUUUGCCUGGCUGCUGCAGGUAUCGGAGGAGUUUCUUACUCUCCUCCGGGAGCAGCGACAUGUGGCACUAGUGAUAUUUGKGUACUUUUGUCCCUUGCUCCGGCGGCUGGAGUGGAUGUGGUGGCUGGAAGGGUGGAGUGUGCAUUUACUUUCUCGGAUCCAUGGGUUGCUGGACCAGGAGCAUCGCACUUGGAUCCAGUGGCCGAUGGAACAACUGGGGUGGCGGCCUUGA